AUGCCAACGAAACUAAAAGAAGCUAAAACUGAUCGAGAGACGGCUGAAGCAGCCAAUCGGGAGGUGAAAGAGAAGCAAGCUUCACAGGCCAAACAAGAUCUAAAGAAGCUCAAAGAGAUGACCAGGGAACAGAAGAAAGAGCCUAAGAGAAUGCAUGACGGGCCGGCUGCCUGGACGGCUAACGGAAAAUCUGUCAAGGAGUCUUCACCUCCUACGGCAAAGGCUGGCGAAAAGAAGAUAGAGAAAAGUAAUAACCGCGAUAGUUCUAAAAGCACUAUGGCUCCAAAACAUGCUGCGAAAGAUGAUUCAGCUGCCAAAGUGAACUUCCCCUGGGAGAAAAUUGGCUUUUUCAUUGAUCCAAAGUCACCUCCAUCGAUUGAAGAGCUCAGAUCUCUUACUUAUGAGUCUUCAGGCAUUCUUUUACAUAGUUAUAUCUCAGAGAAGUACUAUGGGGACUUAUACUGGAACUGCAGUUUGGCUGUUAAUACUCUCAUUUUUGCCUGGCUAGUUGGAUUCCUUGGUGGAGGUUUAUUUGCGCUCGUAAUGGUACUUUUAGUAUGUGCCACUGCAUAUAGAGCCGAGCUUCGUCGAUUUAACAUCUGUUUAAGAGAUGAUAUGAAGCGUGUGGCUACCAUUGAAUCCCUUGAUACUCGUAUCGAGUCGAUGGACUGGCUCAACAGCUUUUUGGAGAAAUUCUGGGUCAUCUAUAUGCCUGCUUUAUCGGAAAUGGUGAUUACUCAGGCCAACGAUACCCUUAAAGAUGUCGAACCACCCACUCCAAUCAAAAAAUUGUCUUUAGAUGAGUUUACUCUUGGUACUAAGGCACCUAGAAUCGAAAGUGUCAGAGCCUUUAAUAAGUUGGGUAACGAUGUUUAUCGGAUGGACUGGGACUUUGGUUUCACUCCUAAUGAUACUGAUGGUAUGACUAAAGAGGAGUUGAAUAAGAAGGUUGAUCCUAAAGUGGCUCUUGGAAUCAGCAUUGGUAAAGGUGUUGUCAGUGCUUCUUUGCCUGUUCUAGUGGAGAAUAUGUCAUUUAAAGGUAAUAUGAGAAUUACGUUCAAACUGGCAGAAAGCUUCCCUUUCAUUGAAGUGGUUUCUGUGAUGUUCCUUGAACCCCCAGAGAUUGACUACGCUUUGAAACCUGUUGGUGGUAACACUUUUGGUAUCGAUGUGAUGUCGAUCGUUCCUGGUUUAUCGUCGUUCGUCAAGUCUUUGAUCCACUCUAACUUGAAGCCUAUGAUGUAUGCACCGAACUCGUUCGAUGUAAAUGUUCGUGAUAUUGCUGAAAGUACUGUUCCGAGUGCCAUUGGAUGUGUUGGAGUAAGAAUUCGUGGUGUUGAGUAUCUCAAGAAAACAGAUAUUAACCCGUACGUUGAUUACGGUAUCGAAGGGAGUAGCAAGCAGUACAGGACGGACAUUAAAGCAUCAACCAACACUCCUGUGUUUAACGAAUUGCAGUAUAUUCUUGUGGACUCUCUAACUCAAAAGAUUAAAUUCACUUUGAUGAAUUUGGAUGAAGAAGGCGACGUUCACCGACUCGGAGAGGCUCAGUUUGGUAUGGAUUCGUUGAUUCAGGACCCUCAACAGCUUCUUACCGAGUUGAAAUUGGAGCAUCAUAAUCAUAGUAAUGGAAGGUUGGUUUGUGACUUGCAAUGGUUCCCGGUUCUUGAGAAGGAUACAGCAAACAGUUCAACGGGGUCUGCGGGAAUCCUUGAACUUGUGGUUGAAUCUGCACGUGGUCUUAGUACUUCUCAGUCAUUGUUGGGAAAACUAUCGACAUAUGCGAAGGUGAGCAUUGGCAAUUCAAAAGAUGAAAAACAGGAUGACAGUGACGAAGUCGAGGCUCACACAGAUGAUAUUUCGCGUGUGGUCAAAGGCUCUAAUGAACCUGACUACAAUAUUCACAUUGAAAGACUAAUCAAGUCUCCAUCGACAACUCCAGUGACGAUCACUAUCUAUGACACCUCGUCCUAUGGCGUGACGAAAUUGGCGACUUACAAGGCCUCUUCACUGCGCGAAUUGAUAUCGAUUGGAGCCGAGAAGGGUAAAUGGAUCAAAUUCACCGAGGGCGAAGGCUCAAUACGGUUUAGAAUGAGAUACAAGAAGCUCAGUGGUGUGGGUAUGAGUGAAGACGUCUCAUUUGUUCCACCUGUUGGCGUGUACAGAGUUCUUGUUUCACGGUGCGAGCAGUUGGAUAACAUCGAGACCAUUGGAAAGGUCGAUCCAUAUAUUGAAGUUGUUACGGGAGGCCGUUCUCACGGAAGAACAAAGUUUAUUGACGACAAUUUGUCUCCAAAGUUCAACGAGGUGUUUUAUGCAGCCGUUGAACACGCUGACCAAUCGCUUGCCUUGACAUGCAUGGAUCACGAGAGCGAUGGAAAUGGUCGUUUGAUUGGUUCGUUAUCUGUGGAUGUCCAUAGGUUUUUCAGCAAGCGCUACAAUCCUCAAGAUGAUGGUAGCCGUUCCAUUGUCAGGGGACAACUCACUCGGAGAGGGAAGCCGGCUGGGUAUAUUUAUUACAAGGUGGUUUAUCUACCGUUGAUGAAAGUUUACUCUCAGGCAGAAUUGAAGGAGAAGAUUGCUAGAGAGAGAAAGGGUAACAGUCAGCAAGAGUUGGAAGAUUUAGAAGAGCAGUCCAAAAUGCUUGAAGAGUACAAGAAGCACCCAGAAGAUUACGAAUGGGUAGAUGAUGAUGAUGAGACAGACGAUAAGGAUAAUCCUAACUUGUCAGGUAAAGAGCAACUUUCAUUGAAGCAGCUCAUGUCACACAACUCGGGAGUCCUUGGAAUCAACAUUGUUAAAGGUAAUAUGAGUGCGAAUAACGUUUAUUUACAAUGUCUUGUGGACGAAAGGCCAUACGCAGAGUUUGUGUCGUCAGCAUCGAAAGGUACGAAGCUUUCGCCAUGUGCUGGAUGCGCAUUUAUUAGGGACUUGAAGAAUUCUGUAAUGACAUUCCGAGUGACCAGGAAACCUAAGGCCGAGUUGAGAAAGGACGUAAUUGCACAAGUAGCAAGGCCUAUGAAGGUUGAGCAGCUAUUGAGCGAUGCGUUUUCCGAUACCUUUGCAGUCACAUUUGAGGGAAAUCGCAUAGAGCUUUCACUGGAGUAUGUUCCUGCAACGGUUGAUUUAGGACCAUCUGAAACGAUGACUGAUACCGGAGUGCUUCAUUUGAAGAUUCUCAGUGGACAUAAUCUCUUGGCUGCUGAUCGAGGAAACAAAUCAGAUCCAUUUGUGGUUGUAGAGCUCAACGACACCCAAGUUUACCGCACCAAGACCGUAAAGAAGACAGUGAAUCCGGUGUUUGAAGAUGAACAGUGCAGUGUUGUAAUCCCAUCUCGUACGCGAAGCGAGCUUCGGUUGCGGUUGUUUGACUGGGAUAUGGCAGGAGACAAUGAUAAAUUGGGAGACAUUGAUGUGGAUUUGACGAAGCUUGCGGUGAAUCAGGAGGAGAUAAUAGAGUUCCAAUUGGACACACAAGGAUCUUUGAAGGUCUCUGCAGGUUUCAAGCCGAUGUACAUUCAGCCAUCUAUGGCUACUGCUGAUGGGGGCUUUGACUUUGCUGGAAUGCCUGGAAAAUUAAUUGGAGGAGUCGCAGGAGGUGCCUUUGAAGUUGCAGGAGGUGCUCUUGGAGCUGCUGGAGGAGUUGCAGGAGGGGCAUUGAAUAUGACCGAGGGAGUAGCCGGCGGAGCUCUGAAUAUGGCAGGAGGUGCAGUUAGUGGAGUCGCUGGAGUUGGAGGAAGUCUGUUUAAGGGAUUUCACAGGAAAAACGGUAAAGAUGUAGAGCAGGCAAUGCCGAGAGCGACUAGUGCGACGGGCGCAGCACCAGUACUGGCUGGGGCCGCACCAUCAGCAACUCCAGCAACACCUGUAGCAUCUAGAGUCGCAGUUGCUGCAUCACCAGCCAGUAAGAGGAUUUCGAUGGAUGGAAAUGCCUCAUUUGCUUCUUCAACGAUUCCAGGGAACACCAUACCAGGAAGGCUAACUGUGGAGGGUCUUAAAUGCAAGAAACCUCAAGGAAAGGAAACUCUGUUUGUUAAAGUGUCAUUAAAAUCGCCUAAGAAGACUAAGAGUAUCUUCAAGACACAUUCUGCACGGUACAAUGCAUCCUCAGAAACGCUCAAAUGGAGUGAAUCUACACCGUUCAAGGCUCCACCGGGAGUGGAGGUUAUUUUUUCUGUGUAUGAACAUCAUCGUUUGGGGAGAAGCACAGAGGUGGCCACGGGAAGUGUUUUAUUGAGUGAGAUAGCUGGCAAAAGAGAGCCGUUAUCUUUGCCUGUGACUCUAGAAGGUAGAUCAGCAGAACUCAUAGUGAGCUUUAGCUAUGCAGGAUAA